UACUGAAUUUUGGUUACAUCGUUGGCACUAUUUUCAACACUUAAAGUUGUUUAAGUUUUCAUGUUCUACAAUGGCGUCAGAUUAUCUUAAAAACCACAAAAGAUUUUGGAAAAAUGAUGAACCUGCGAAAAUUCCGAAAAAUAAACAAAUUCCAAUUCAGCACAGUGAUUGCAUCAAAACGUUUCUGAAAUGUAUCCAAGAUGAAGGUUUGCGAAAAGCUUAUAAUCGUUACGGAUACAAACCGGUGGAAUCAAAACAUCCAAGAUCGAUAAUCAAUGAUAUUGAAGAUGAAAAGAUCAGUGACGUCAUUAUAGUUGGUGCAGGAAUGGCAGGUCUAAGUGCAGCGUAUGAAUUAAAAAAAGCUGGUCUUUCUGUGAAAAUUCUAGAGCAAACAGACCGUUAUGGAGGAAGAAUAUUUACGUAUGGUGAAGAAAGCGGUCUUGCGUCUGGUUUGUAUGCAGAAGCUGGAGCAAUGCGAUUGCCUGGAGGUGUGGAUGAUCAAUAUGAAAAACAACAUUAUUUAACGGACGGUUACAUCAAGAACUUUAAUCUACCUAUCAAAUGUUUUCCAAACUACGAUGAAAAUGUCAUUACUAGCAUUUAUGGUCUUCGCGAAAAUCUAAAGGUAAAGUAUAAAAAUAGUGAACAAAAAGUGUGUAAAAGCAGAGAUCGUGUAAUGUAA